UCUCAUCAAGUCCAUGUCAACGGGAGAUUGUCUGAUUGCACUUGUCAUCUCUACCCUCGAUUGUGGAUUCUAGCGGCACUGGGCCGGACGAGCUACAGAAAGCCCCAAUGUUACAUCAGUCCCCGCAGUCGUGAGGCAGUUGCUCCACGAUUAUCAUCGGUUGUCCCUUCUGGCUCCGACGUAACAUCCGACGGCAAUUCAGGAACCCGAGGCGGCGGCGAUAUAACACUGCUCACUGCCUUGAAAGGGGAUUGCCUAAAUCUCGGGCUAUUCCACGAGCAAAGCGCCGGGGGCUAUUUUCGCCAGCAUGUCUCACCGUCCGAUCAUUGCCGUUGCCGGCCUCGCGUGCGAGACCUCGACCUUUACUCCUUCUCGAACGCUGGCUCCGGCCUUCCACCCCAAACGAGGCGACGAGAUCAAACAACGGUAUGAGUUUCUCCAUGACCACGAGGUGCUCGGCAAAGCAGCCGAGUGGAAAGGCGCAUUGAUUGGCCAUGCUCUCCCGGGCGGUCAGGUAACACGAGACGCGUUCGAGACACUUGCCGCGGAGAUCAUUUCACGUCUUCAAAGUAUCGUCUCGGAGGGCAGGCUCGAUGGUUUGUGGUUUGAUAUUCACGGGGCCAUGGUUGUCGAAGGGUUGGAAGAUGUGGAGGCGGAACUGUUGAAACGGAUUCGGAUAGUCAUUGGCCCAGAUGUGCUGGUGUCGGCCUCGAUGGAUCUGCACGGAAACGUGUCUCGAGAGCUCGCACACAUGUGCGACCUGAUUACCUGCUACCGCAUGGCGCCGCAUGAGGAUGCCAUGGAUACGAAGGAGAGGGCCUGCCGCAAUCUUGUGCAGCUCCUCGCCGAGUCGCCUCGCCGCCGACCACUGAAAGCAUGGAUACCGGUUCCGAUUCUAUUACCGGGUGAACAGACAUCUACCCGUAUGGAGCCAGCGAAGCACAUUUACGGUGCAGUUCCCGAGGUGGAAGCCAUGGAGGGCGUGAUCGAUGCAGCGAUCUGGGUCGGAUAUGCCUGGGCGGACGAGCGCCGGAAUCGGGCAGCCAUUGUGGUGACUGGCUUGGAUGAGUCGGCGGUAUCUCACGGCGCGGAGAGGCUGGCAAAGCUGUUUUGGGACGCCCGCGCAGACUUCGAGUUUGUUGCUCCCACGGGGACCUUUGCCGAAUGCCUGGACACGGCCGUCAAGUCCUCGCCAGCGCAACGGCCGUUCUUCAUCUCAGAUUCGGGUGACAACCCUACUGCGGGAGGAUCUGGCGAUGUCACCUGGGGAUUGACGAGGUUGCUCGAGCGGUCCGAGUUCAAGUCCCCAACUGGGGGCCCCAGGGUCAUCUACGCAAGCGUCCCCGGGCCAGAGGCGAUCGAAACAGCCGUGGCAGCCGGCGUCGGCGCCAUCGUCACUGUUACCGCGGGCGCAGAGGUCGACAAUCUCCAUGCCCCGCCUGUGACCCUGACGGGCAGGGUUCACUCAAUCAAGCACGGUGAUCGUGACGCCGUGACGGAGGUCGUGGUCCAAGUCGGGAGCGUUUUUGCGAUUCUCACCAAGCUGCGCAAGCCGUACCACAAGGAGAAGGACUUUACUGAUCUGGAUCUGAAGCCGCGGGAGGCAGAUAUCGUCAUCGUCAAGAUUGGAUACCUGGAGCCCGAGCUGUAUGACAUGCAGAAGGAUUGGAUGCUGGGCUUGACGCCGGGCGGUGUCAACCAGGAUCUCGAGAGCCUUGGCCAUCAAAAGAUUCGGCGCCCAAUGUGGCCAUUCGACAAAGAGGUCGCCUUGCCUCCUGACUUGAAGGCGCGUUGGAUACCAAUGUCCAAGGAUGCUCUAACUGGCCCAGACGAGUAG